AUGAGAAAGCGAAAAUAUGGAAGUCGGUCUACCCCCACAGGGAACGAAGCAAAUGAGAAUCCCCUAGACGAACAGGAAAGAAAGUACAUUUACCCAAGCAUCGCCCACUCGCCAAUACUGUUGCACAACGACCAGGUCAUCUACGCAUAUGGUAGCAGUCUGAUAUUUUAUUCCCUGAAGGAAAAGAAAUUUGUGAACAAAAUCGAUGAGCAUCAAAAUGCUAUUAGAUCAUUAGAUGUUAAUAUGAAUGGAAAUAAAAAAUAUUUCUUGACAACUGGUGAUGAUAAAAUUAUAGUGAUUUAUGAUGAGCAGUGGUCCGUGUGCCACAAAAUUGUGCAUAAGAAAAAAAUCGUCAAGGCGUACUUUUUAAAAUAUGUACAAAAGGAAGACAAGAAGUUUGAAAUAAUUUUCAUUGAUAAGUAUGGAGACGUGUACUUGUUUGACCUGAAUGUGGUGGAGCGCGGGUGGGGACAUGUGACGCAGGGGUCCCUCGCCACGGGGGAAUCCUCAACCAUUGGGAAGGUCCCAAUGACGAGCCAAUCGAGCUGCACCACCACAUUGAGCUAUCUGCAGGAUGCGCUGAACGACAUUCAAGAAAAGGACGAGGAUUUGUUUUUCAUGAAUAAUUUCGAGCGCAUGCUUCAGGGCGAGGAAGAAGAGCAAGACGAGGGGGAAGAUAAAUCGGAAGGGGGUCACUCGGGAGGUGACGAAGAGCAGUCCGGCAAACCGCUUCCCUGUGAUCCACUCCCUGGUGAGGCACCACCCCGCGAGGAAGGCAAGCUUGCCCAGGUGAAGGAAAAACUCGAGCGCCACUACUCCAAGUGCUUCCAAAGCGAAACAUUGAUGUACCCAAUCGUUACCUGUAACUCUGCAGUCAUAUCGCUACAUUACGACAGCAACUUUUUAAUAAUAGGAGACCGAGAUGAAAAAAUCAGAAUUGUGAAAAAUAAAAAAAUAAACAAGAUAUACAACUUUUAUUUAAAUCACAAAUUAUUUAUUACUUCCCUCGUUUUGAUAAAUUCUAAAACGUUUUGUUCUGCCGCCGCUGAUUGCUAUCUGCACAUGUGGGACAUUAAGACGAAGGAAAUUAUCGACACGAUGUAUUUAGACUCCUCUUUUUUGUGCAAAUUGGCAGAAUUGAAGGAGCCGUUUACCACUUCUCCCCACCUGAACAAAUAUAAAUUUGUUAUCAACACAUUGAUUUUUAAGGAAAGUACUUGGACAAUCUAUGCCACUGCUGAAAAUUUGAAAGGAAUAUUAAUUAUACCCCUAACGCUAAAUAAAGAUGGCAGCCAUUUGUUAACUUUCAACAAGGAAGAAAUUUCAUUUUUCCCUCUUCAACAGGAGGUUUUAUCUUUCAUCUUUUUAUCAAGUGGUGGGGAUGAGUGUAUACUUUUUGUCGAUAGGAGUGCAGGCCAUUUGCAUCAGAUCAAAUUAACAGAUCGUGGGAAGUUGGUUGGAGAGGUUGUCACCCUUGACAGCCAUGCCUUCUUUGACGGCGCACAACAAAUGGAUAUCGGAUUAAUAAAUUACUGGAAGCACACCACAAUAGAGGACGGCAUCCAUUAA